UCAGCCCGUCUGUCAUCAAGCAGUAAAGGUAACACGACCCCUCGGAAGAUAUCAAACAUAAUAUUGACAUUGCAUACAUGCAAUGUUGGCUUCAUUCCGAGAUGGCGAUAAACCUGUACGAGCAAAUUUUGCGUGGAAAUCUGUUGAAAACAGCUACAGCUGCGUCCUAAUAAGGCCAGAAGAAUGGUAAAUUCACUUUCCACGCGUGAACCUCGUCCUGAGCACGAAAAUUGUUAGCAAUGAAAAGUGUCGAUAUCCUUUCAAGUUAUUUUUUGAUCGCUUUCACCGCACUCUGGAUUAACGGCUCACCGCAUAAGAUUUCUCCAGAAAGAUGUCGCUUGUUUUUUCUCAAUGCGACUGCAGCGUUUCACAAGGACAACCGUCAGCCGACCAGGGAGAAGCUUGAAAAGAUUAUCCCACUUUUGACCCCCGUUUAUCCAAACUCCACAUUUUCGUGCGAAGAAUCCACAGUUACACUUGAAGACAUCAAAUUCUCAUCUUGUUGCGCGCUUAAUGCAACGCGACUGGAUUUGGUCUUCAAAGUCGAACCCAACAAUGCGGACGUGCAAAAAAUCUUCGCGUACCACUGUUCUGAAAAUAUGCUGACUCAGGCGUCAGGAAUGUUUACAGCUGUGAAGGUGGAAGAAUUGUUAAGAUUUCGUGAAAACCGCAGCAUUUCGGCGCCGACGUAUGUCGUUGAUGAAAAAUCGUGCUGUAAAGAGCAAGACCGUUAUAAUGAGCCGUGUUGUAGGGCGGGGUAUACCCUCAAGAAUACAACUUGUGUAAGUGGAACUGGAAGUGGCAGUCACGUUCGUGCCAAAGAAGGUAGCAUACAGAUGGAGGAGACUAUAAACGAUUGUGAACCAAACGUUCCUGCACUUUCUGUCGGCGUAAUAAUCUUCAUCACGUGUGGCAGUCUUGUUUUGUUCGUCGGCCUCGUCUUGGCGGGGGUGAGAAUAUGGAAAUCAAAACGUCGCCACGAUGGGAAUGGAUACGUAGAGGCAGCUGUGGAGACGAACCCUGGACCACAGGAAGAGCCACACGAGGACACGGCAGCCGAAAUAACAGUUUCAGUACAAGCUGCAGAAGAAACAACUGACGGUUAUCUGAGCAUGAAAGGACAGACGACGGAGAAUACAACGAUAGAUCCGAACAUUACUACGAACAGCAACACAAAUGCAAACACCUCUACAUCGAAUGAAAUCCCUAACCACGAUGAUAAUAAACAAAAUUCACUAGCCCUCUCAAAACCUGUUACACGGAAACGACCGUUAUCUCGUCAAGAAAUGCAAUUCGAUUUUGACAUGCACAUCGCCAUAGAGGAUAUUGAUUUCACGAACAAAAUGCUGGGACGAGGACAAUUUGGACAAGUGGAAUUGGCCAAUGUUCUUAUCAAAGGCAUCAGAACAAAAUGCGCCGUAAAAAUGAUUCGAGGCAGAGGGACGUAUGAAGAUGAACGGGAACUCUUUCAGGAACUACAGAUGCUCUAUCAGAUCCCCUAUCAUCCUAAUGUGGUCAGUCUACUAGGAGGAUGCAUGGAAGCGAACAGUCCAUUGUACGUUAUUGUCGAGUACUGUGAGAAAGGUAGUCUUCUAAAAUACUUACAAAACAGCCGCAAUAAUUUCAAUGAAUAUGUGAAUAUGAGCAUACAAAAGUUGGACUUUCGCUGGAAACUAAAAAGAGCAAUGGAGAUUUGUAGCGGGAUGAUUUUCCUCAGUCAAAGACAGAUCCUUCAUCGCGACCUGGCGGCAAGAAAUAUCCUUCUGGACGAAAAUGAAGUUGCAAAAAUAGCCGAUUUCGGAAUGGCGAAAGACGUAUACCUCAGGGGGAUGUAUUGUAAAGAGACUUCGGGAUUUCUGCCCGUCAGAUGGAUGGCGAUCGAAGCAAUUGAGUCAUGCAUUUACACAGUCCAAAGUGACAUAUGGUCUUUUGGAAUAUUGCUAUGGGAAUUGUACAUGGACGGUGUCAAUCCUUACCCAGGAAUUGCUAAUGGAAACGAAUUGCUGGAGAAAUAUCUGAAACAAGGUUACAGAAUGGCUCAGCCAGAAAACUGCCCAGAUUCAUUUUAUCAGCUGAUGCAAAGGUGUUGGUUGGCAAAUCCAGAGGAUCGGCCGAAAUUCGCUCAAGCGUUACGCGAAAUGGAACUGAUUGAAAAAGAGGAGAUGCGCAGGGAAUCAGAAGCCAGUCGAAUGACACAGUCCAGCAGAAUGACUGAAGAUAGCGACGAUUUGCCGGUUUUUGAAGAAGACGAAGAACUUCUAGAAACACCUGAGAAAGAAGCAAACGUUCCUUUAAAGGUUAUUCGUUCAUCUCAAGAAAAUGUCGAAACGUCGAGUGAAAGCGAGUGCCCAGCGAAGGUACCAGAAAUUGGGAUAGUGAAUCGCGGGCGUAGUAGUGUCGACAGCGGCACUAAUGCCUUUGAACUACGUAGUUUAAGGAGAAACUCGGACGAUCAAACCAGUCAUUGUUAGUAAUAAAAUAAUAUCGUGCCGCCCUGUUCUUGUAGGGUCAAAAAGAGAGCAAAAUAAUCAUGAUAAGUUUCAUAAUUUAAUAUACAUGCAGAGGCAAAGAAAAUGUAAACAUACCAAGUGCAUGCGCUAACCGGACUGCAAAUAACCUUUUAUAACAUUUAUAAUACUUAAUGACAUGGGCAGGUCCUAUGUGUAUUUUCAUAAAGACACAUUUCACAUUCCACAUUUUAAAGACACCAAUUAUUCCAGUUUUCCGUUUUAAAAAGAUGCGCGAGGGACACAAAGUUCAUAAAAUUCCUGGAACUUUGAUUCAUUGUAUUAUGUCGCUCUUAAUUAAAACUCAUUUUAAUGUUGAUUGAUCAGGAUUGAUAAUGAUUGAUGGUGAUUAUCGAAACUUUCGUUUUGUCUGCGGAGGGCAUUCGAAGUGAAACUUCCAGGAAAUCGAGCUUCGAGUAUUCCUUUUAUUUUUAGAUUGACCAAAGAUUUAAAAACAGCAAACUAGGUUAAGUCAACUUUCAGGGCCUUUUAAGCUAGAGUUAAAGACAUGCAGAGUUGGCAAAAAACCCUUACACAACCGAUCCUUGCAUGGAGUUUGGACAGUGAAAAUUACCUUCUUUUAGGUCCAUUCGUGGUGUUUGAUAUAUAGGACGCAUGCAGUAUUUAAUAAAUUGAAAUACCUUGAAUGUUACGACAUGCAGGAUAAUAAUAUAUCACAAAUUUUAAUAAUGAGAUAACAAUGUAAACGUAAUACUUUUAAGUAUAUUCAUAUGUACAAUAAAUAUAUCGAUGUAUAUAUAUAAAUAUACUUCUUAAUUUAAGUUUUUCGCUAAGAAAAACGAUAUGUAAAGAUUUA